AUGCUGCAAAGCAUCGUCCAUCAUGUUUUCCUUCCGCCAAAGCUGCCCUCCGGCGAAGACGACGGCUGCUGGGUGCCGGCUUUGAUCGAACUGAUACUGUCGGCCCUGAGCACGUUCCGGGAUCAUCGAACCGACACGGAUGAUUUUGAUUGCAUAAAGGCGGCAAUUGGUAGCAUACGCAACUUCCAGGAGACUCGGACGGAGACGGGUGAAAUCUUGGAGCCGGCUUUAGAAAAGUGUUUACAUGAAGCGGCUCAAGCCCUCAAAGUCGCAGGUGUGACUAUUCCCGUACACGUUGUCGCCCAAAACGCGGGUGUGAUUAUUCGAUCAACUUCGUCUGGUAUUCGUUUCGAGGUUUUUGAACUAUCACCUCCAAACGAGGCUGUCUACAGCACGUCCGGCCGGCUGCGGAGAUACUUUCCAGAAGAUGUGGUCACCGUUCCUCAAGAUGUGUUCAAUCGCGGAGACUUUCAGAAAACCAUGGCCACCACGUUGACGACAAUGAGCCGUGAGAUCGUCAGCGAGAUGCAGCCCCGGAUAACCAAAGCAAACGCCAGGCAGGUGGAGGAGCGAGACACGGCCGAGCCCUUCAUCGUCAAGAGCCUGCUGGUAGCCAUCCUAAUCAGUCUUGGCGGCUCACAAGACGAGGCCUCCUCGGGCUUUUGGAAAAAUACCCGGGAAGAAGUCAUGUGGAGCGAUGGCAAUAAGCUGCCAUGGCGCCGCUCUCCGGUCUGGCUGCUUCUCAGGGUUGUUCUGCAGCAGGCUCUCUCUCCGGCCCAAGACCCCGGAUGCCAUGGCCUAUACAAACGAUUCAUGAUCUUCUUCAUGUCACGAGUCCUGGAGCGAUGUCUCGAUUCGGCGAUGCAGUCCGACGAGCUCGCUGUCAUCAACGCCAAGAUCGGCCGACGCCUGCUGAAGCUCGACACCCAGAAAGAGCCCUGGCUGGUCGCCGUGGCCGUGGCGGUUGGACGCGCGAACGAGACUCUCCAUCAGCGCUGGCGAGACACGAUUUUACGGAAUAAAAAAGUCCUCGACAUUCCCAAAUUUGACCUGCCAAGGACGAUUUCGGAUCUCACCUCCCAGAUUCCCCCGCUGGAUGACUAUCUAGAGAGCAUCGCGACCAGAGCAUCCAGAGCUGCAACAACAUUUGUUCCUCCGUCUCCAGACAUGUGGUCACUAAGGGGGGACACGCUCCCCCGUCUCUCUCGCUUCAGUGAGGUACAAUCGGGACCGUACGCCCUGUACAACAUAGCUUCUUUCGAAGAUUGGGUCGAAGCACACCUCGACUCUUGGCUUGCCAAGCAUGGAGGCCACAGCAGCACCAGCGCUGAUCUCCGUGACACAAUCGAGGCAUACCAUGCCGUGGCUUUGGACGCAUACAAGGGACGCCCAGAGGCCCUUUCACGAAUGUUUUUGACCAUCGUGGAGCUCUGGGUUGCAUGCGACAAGGCUGCUAUCAAGCUCUGCCCUUUAAUCAAGGACUACGAACCCGAGAUCCCCUUUCAGCCAUUCGGAUCGCUCUUACUGAAGCUGGCUCGCGACAUGAAGAGGCUGUUAGCAGCGGAAAGGUAUCUAUACGAGCGAAAGCGACGUGCGACAUUCCGUCGCUCCAUUCUGUUCGACCAUGGUGGAUGUGAUGACUUUGGUGUCCGGUUCUUCUCUUCGUCACCAAGUCACCAAGACCUACUGCGACGGAUUGAGGAAGCCGCCCAGAACGCGAGAGAAGCCAAGUGUGAAGAGUUGCAGCGCCUCCAGGCCAAAUAUAAGCAGAUGAUGGACGACGUCAGGCGCUCAGCCUGCACAUAUCGGGCCACCACCGACACGCUUGGUGAUGAGCGACUUGUUCACGACCGGUUUUGCUCCAGGUGUGUUCUCGAACGGGAGGCCAGGGCAUUGAAGAUACGGGCACACGAGUGGCCUUUGCCUCGUGAGAAAUCGUUGGCCCAAGCCGUGGUAUUUGAGCUUAGGGUCCCACGGUCGUUGGGCGCGUGGAGGGACUGCACACUCUUCGUGUUGCAGACGGUUUUGCAGUUUGAAUCUUGCGACCAGACGCCGGAAUAUACCUGCCGGCUGCAAAAUUACAGCGAGUUGAGGCAACAUUUCCAGCCACAUUCAUCAAGCGUCAUGGUGAAACUGUUUUCCGAGGCAAAACCUCACGCAAACACUCACCGCAAGCAACAAUUUGUCCGCACCGCCGACGAGAGUAACGUCUGCCUAGACACGGGCCCAAGGUGGAUGUUGCUGAACGGUUCGACUGGAAGAUCUUUAUCACGGCCCAAGCCGUCGCGGUACAUCUCCGACGUCUGCACGAUACAGCUGCGUGGCCCGUCUCGGUCCCUGCAAUGCUUCCUGUCGAGACCGUGGGACAACCCCGAUGGAGCCUUGCCCAAUCGUGUCAUCUCUGCCCAGAACACAUGCCCUUUGCACCUGACGAUCGACGAGUUCAAAGCUCUAGCCACACUGCCCCAGGGGAGACUCAUUGUGUGGCUCAACAUCUUGACGCAGUUGGCCAUGCCCUCUAUCGAUCUUAACAAAGUUGAGACCCUGGCGUACGUGUGGCAAGUCAUUGAGCAGUGCGGGCCGGUGUCCGCCACCUGGAGAAGAGCGACACAUGGACGGCUUGGAGACGCGCAAUUUGUUCGCCAAUGCCUUGCCAACUUGAACAACUCCCUGAAAAGAAUCAAGGAAAGCUGGGAAUCGCGCCUCGGUCUCGCCACGCUGACUCUACUGGCCGCUCGGCUGUUGUCACUCGGCUGCAGCAGCCUGUCUGGCGGGUUCCUGGACUUCCUCGCCCGAAGCCGCGAAGUGGGCUGCGGAUGGCAACGUACGCUGCGACAAAAAGCUAUCACCUCUCAGGACUCUAAGACGCGCCUCGAUCUAUUUCAGCGGACUCACGAAGCUGCCCUCGUCUGCAUGCUAUCGUUUGAUGUUGAGGAGGAGUACCUGGUAUCACUCUUGCGCAACCCGGAUACAGCGCGAUACUAUUGGGAAAGCCUCAUCACUUUACGCGAGACCAAGUUUACCGUCGAUGACAACAACCUGGCCCAGUUUCAUCUCGGCUUCCGGUGUCAAUAUCUGGUCUGGCGAUGUCACCGGCUCACACAAAUCGCCGUCCCUAUGGAGAGCAGCGCCACAGGGUUUGAUCGAGCCAUCAGAGCGUCUUGGAACAAUUUCCAACGUGCGAGAGAAUGUCCAUGGCGAACCGUCAAUACUGUCUGGAUUGACACCCAAGCUGCGGACAUUGACGGAAGUGACGCAAAGGUUUGUGUUCAUCUCAAUUUGGUGACAGGCGAGUUACUGGUCAAUGGGUCGCCCAGAGGUCGACUUCCCGCCGAGUAUGAACGCCACGCAAUGUACACGGAGCUCUUUGGUCACGCCGCGUUCGAGGCGAUGCCGAGCGUAAACCCAAAAAUGUCGUUCACAGCCAGCAAGUUGUUUCACGGGUUUGAGCUCCAUUUCAGAAUGGCUGAAACGGGAAGUGACCUCAUCGUUCAUGCUGUCAAGGAUGGACAAGCGUGGGAGCUGGUACCACGACGAAUCUUUCGCGGGAGUCUUCCUUCGCAGCUCGUGGACGGGUUUUUCCACUGGUAUGACGUCGCCAAUUCAAGCAUUUCACUAUGGCCUCAUGGUCACCUUUGGGACGAGCAUGAAUCGAGCUGGACAAUGUUGCGCACCGACUCUAAAUGGAGGGUUCGUGACAACGCCAAUGUCCGGCUGGUUUUCCCCGACAGCGGCACGGGCAGAGUGCUGGCAAAUAUUCUGGAACCGAUCGAGAAGAGUUGGGGCCUGACCAUUCUGUUCAAUGAGCAGUCCGAGGUCCUGAAUGUUCAUGUUCCACGAUUGAACCUAGAUUUCUCUGUGGCUCCCCAGUCCGAUAGCAUUCAGUCGCGCCAAUAUCACGGAAUGCGCAUCGACCGGAACCAAGGCAUCGACGCGCUUAUUGGGCUUGAGAGCAAACUCGUACUCUGUCGCACCGAUGGGCCCCUGCACUCACGCUUAGUUCUGAUCCCGGACGGCAGACCGAGCAUGUCCUUGGCCACACUCGACGACAAGAUACAGUCACACCCAGUGGUCACCAUCGGCUGCGACACCACGUCUGUCCAGUCGUACUACUUGGACCAACAUCUUGGAGCGCUCCGGGGAAACGGCAGCCUCAAAUCGCUGCUUUUCAUUGCGGAACUUCACGCCCUGACAUCUGGCUUCCUUCCGGACCCCUUCACCGGCACCAUGGGAACUUCUCAGGCUUUGAGCAUCCUGAGCUCCGCCGGGCCUGGAACAAUGUGA